AUGCGGCUCGACGUGGAGCCCGAUUUUUUGCACGUCGACGUCGCCGAUGCAUCUCUGAUGCAGCGUGAUCUUCCCACCUCAUCUACUCGGACCCCACAUGGGCGGCCUCCACGGAAGACCUUGCCCCGUCCGGCGCGAGGAAGCCCGAAUUCACCAACAAGGAGGGGAUAUGCGCUCCGCAAGCUCGCCAACCAGUGGAAGAGUAAGGGGGUGAUGCCGCUCGUGAGGGCAGACGAGACUGGUAUGGAUGUGGAGAAUUUUCUGCUCGACAUUGACGAGGCGUUGACCACGAACAGGCUGGUGAAAGUCACGUUCACGGAGGAGGACCCCGCCGCGAAGGAGGCCUUCGCAGGGCGCAUUGCGCAGAUGCUCCGCGCUCAUGUGGUGCUCGUCCUGGGAAAGACGGCGCUGUUGUACCGGCCGGGGGAGUCGUGCCUGAGCGGGGCGCCGGGCGGCCUCCGAGACCGAGGCCGUCGACAUCGAGCUGACCCCCUGGGCGCGCCACCCGAGACAUCAGCAGCCGCGGCCUCGUCCCGAGAUCGGGCUGUUAUUCGUUGUUCCCGGAUAGCUCCUGGGAGAGCUGAGAGGGUUUGA